AUGGACCAUGAUCUCCAACGGGCCUUCACCUGGUGGAUGCUGCUCUUCUUUUCCCUCCACACAGUCUCUCAGAGCCGGUUUUCCUACAAACCCGGUGCAGCGCAUUCUCCCAUCCAGAGCAGGACGCACGGCGGCGGCCUCCAUCCUCCAGUGAGCACCGGAAAACACCCACAGCCCACACAGGCCCCAGCACGGCCCCGGCCCGUCCUGGUCAAGUGCCAUCCGGACUCUAUGGAGGUGGUGGUCCAGGCUGAUGUGUUUGACACAGGCCUUCUGGUGGAGCUCACACACCUGCGUUUGGGUUCGGAGGCGCAUGGGGAAGGCGCGUGCAGACCAGUGCCAUCAGGUCAUGCAGAAUACACCAUCUGGGCCAGUCUGACCGACUGUGGGACUAAGCUCUCAUCAACAAAAGAGAAGAUCAUCUAUUCUAAUGUUCUGGUCUACUCACCGGAACCUUCAUCAAAUGGUUUACUUCGACUGGAUGGAGCAACUAUUCCAGUUGAAUGUCAUUAUGAAAGGGUGUAUUCUGUGGAGGGUAUUUCCCUGCUGCCCACAUGGGUUCCUUCCGUCUCAAGAGUCACAGCUGAGGAUAAAAUGGACUUCAGUCUGCGGAUUAUGACGGCUGAUUGGCAGUUUGAAAGGGGAUCUCAUACAUACUUCCUGGGUGAUCCGAUUCACUUUGAAGUAUCGUCCAUCAUGGGUAACCACAGGCCUCUGUGUGUCUUUGUUGACCGUUGUGUUGCCACAGCAACUCCUGACACAGAAGCAACGUUACGAUACAACUUUAUUGAGCCUGAUGGAUGUCUAGCUGAUGCUUAUUUAACCAACUCCAGCUCCCGGUUUCUACCAAGAAUGGAAGAGCACAAGCUUCGCUUCCAGAUUGAUGCCUUUAAGUUCUACAAAAACCCCAGUAAUCAGGUCUAUAUCACCUGCUAUAUGAGCGCAGUUCCAGUCGUUGUAAAUAUCACUUCACAAAAAAGGGCUUGCUCCUUUAUAGAGAACAGAUGGCUCUCAGCAGAUGGGAAUAACCAGGACUGUAGGAGCUGUGACCUAACUUAUCAGGUCAAGAAGCCUCCAUCGACGGAGCCUCCUAAAACUACCAUCAGCAUUAAACCCAGACCUCCAGUAGCUUCCAAGGAAAAUUUAAUUCCCAGCAGAGCAGAACCACCUGCCAGCUUUGUCCGCGUUCGCACGGGAAUGCAGCAUUAUCCACACAGCAGUCUCCAGUCCUCUGUUGGACCGACAAAACCAGAAAUGGGAAAUGAAAUAGGUGAGAUCACCGUAUGA